GAGCCGGUAAUUGGCAUUCCUUGCAGCGCCACCUGUCAGUGUCCAUCAGUGCCAUCUCUCAGUGCUCACCCAUGCCACCUGCCAGUGCCCAUCAGUGCCACAUUUCAGUGCCACAUCAAUGUCACAUAUCAGUGUCCAUCUGAUCUGCCUUUCAGUGUCACCCAUCAGUUCCAGUCAGUGCUGCCAGUCAGUGCCACCUAUCAGUGUGCAUCAGUGCCGCCUAUCAGUGCCCGUCAGUGCCGCCUAUCAGUGCCACCUAUCAGUGCCAUAUAUCAGUGC